GGGCGCCUGGGCAGACCGCGAGCGAGAGCGCCCCCGAGCAGCGCCCGCGCCCUCCGCGCCUUCUCCGCCCGGACCUCGAUUGAAAGACUCCCGCCCGCCGCCCGGCCCUCGCCUCCCUGCCCACCGGGCCCACCGCGCCGCCACCCAGAGCCCACUACGCCCGGCCUGUCCGCUGCGCACCAGCUUGUUGGCGUCUUCGCCGCCGCGCUCGCCCCAGGCUACUACUGCGCGCCACAAUGAGCUACCGCAUCGCCAAGGCGCUAGCCGUCGCCGUCACCCUUCUCCACUUGACCAGGCUGGCACUCUCCACCUGCCCCGCCGCCUGCCACUGCCCCCUGGAGGCGCCCAAGUGCGCGCCGGGAGUCGGGCUGGUCCGGGACGGCUGCGGCUGCUGUAAGGUCUGCGCCAAGCAGCUCAACGAGGACUGCAGCAAAACGCAGCCCUGCGACCACACCAAGGGACUGGAAUGCAACUUCGGCGCCAGCUCCACCGCUCUGAAGGGGAUCUGCAGAGCUCAGUCAGAGGGCAGACCCUGUGAAUAUAACUCCAGAAUCUACCAGAACGGGGAAAGUUUCCAGCCCAACUGUAAACAUCAGUGCACAUGUAUUGACGGCGCCGUGGGCUGCAUUCCUCUGUGUCCUCAAGAACUGUCUCUCCCCAACUUGGGCUGUCCCAACCCCCGGCUGGUCAAAGUUACUGGGCAGUGCUGCGAGGAGUGGGUCUGUGAUGAGGAUGGUGUCAAGGACCCCAUGGAUGACCAGGACGGCCUCCUUGGCAAGGAGCUGGGAUUCGAUGCUUCCGAGGUGGAGUUGACGAGAAACAAUGAAUUGAUUGCAGUUGGAAAAGGCAGCUCACUGAAGCGGCUCCCUGUUUUUGGAAUGGAGCCUCGCAUCCUAUACAACCCUUUACAUGGCCAGAAAUGUAUCGUUCAAACAACUUCAUGGUCCCAGUGCUCAAAGACCUGUGGAACUGGUAUCUCCACACGAGUCACCAAUGACAACCCGGAAUGCCGCCUGGUGAAAGAAACCCGGAUUUGCGAGGUGCGGCCUUGUGGACAGCCAGUGUACAGCAGCCUGAAAAAGGGCAAGAAAUGUAGCAAGACCAAGAAAUCUCCCGAACCAGUCAGGUUUACUUACGCUGGAUGUUCGAGUGUGAAGAAAUACCGGCCCAAGUACUGCGGUUCCUGCGUGGACGGCCGUUGCUGCACGCCCCAGAUGACCAGGACUGUGAAGAUGCGGUUCCGCUGUGAAGAUGGGGAGACAUUUUCCAAGAACGUCAUGAUGAUCCAGUCCUGCAAAUGCAACUACAACUGCCCACAUGCCAAUGAAGCAGCGUUUCCCUUCUACAGGCUGUUCAACGACAUUCACAAAUUUAGGGACUAAAUGCUAUUUGGGUUUCCAGUGUGCACCUAGACAAACAAGGGAGAAGAGUGUCAGAAUCAGAAUCAUGGAGAUAAUGGGUGGGGGCGGUGUGGGUGAUGGGACUCAUUAUAGAAGGGAUGCCUUGCUUAUUCUUGAGGAGCAUUAAGGUAUUUCAAAACUGCCAAGGGUGCUGGUGCAGAUGGACACUAAUGCAGCCACAGUUGGAGAAUACUUUGCUUCAUAGUAUUGGAGCACAUGUUACUGCUUCAUUUUGGAGCUUCCGGUGUUGAUGACUUUCUGUUUUCUGUUUGUAAAUUAUUUGCUAAGCAUAUUUUCUCUAGGCUUUUUUCCUUUUGGGGUUCUACAGUCGUCAGAGAUAAGAUUAGUUGGACAGUUUAAAGCUUUUAUUCGUCCUUUGACAAAAGUAAAUGGGAGGGCAUUCCAUCCCUUCCUGAAGGGGACACUCCAUGAGUGUCUGUGAGAGGCAGCUAACUGCACUCUAAACUGCAAACAGAAAUCAGGUGUUUUAAGACUGAAUGUUUUUAUUUAUCAAAAUGUAGCUUUUGGGGAGGGAGGGGAAAUGUAAUACUGGAAUAAUUUGUAAAUAAUUUUAAUUUUAUAUUCAGUGAAAGAUUUUAUUUAUGGAAUUAACCAUUUAAUAAAGAAAUAUUUACCUAA